AUGGAAACAAAAUUGAGUAAAUUAAUUCGACAACAACAAGCAACAGACGAAGAAAUCAAUUUAAUGCGGCUAUCGAUUCAACAUAUGAAAUUGAACAUUCGAAGAAUGCAAGAUUUUCGUUUAAAUAUCAAUCCGUUACUCAUUGCUGAUAAUCUUAUAACUAUUCCAAACGAGAAUUAUGGAAUAGUUGAUCGAAACAAUCAUUUUGUCUUUGAAAAUUGUGAGAAAUUUUAUACUCUUGAUAAAUCACUCUCACGGUGGAAAGUUGAAAAACAAGCGAAGGAAAUUCCGAAUUCAAUGAGUAUGUUUAUUUUACAAACAAUUCGUCAGUUUAUCGAUACACAUGGAUCGUCAAACAUCGACAUUAUAAUGAAGAAAACGAAAGAUUUGCUUAACAUAUCGUAUGGUGAACAUUGGAUUGUUCAAAUUGUUGAUGAACGUGAAAAUCAAUAUCCUGAAACAGACGAUUUUGUGGAAUGUUUACGAGUGAAAGAAACUCAAUUGAAAUGGAUUAUUCGAAUUUUAAAAAGAAUUUCUUAA